GUUUUCAUCCAUCUUGCGGGUUCCAUUAUACGUGUUUGCAGUUUGUAAACGGAAGACAACCACAUAAUAAUUACUUUGUUUUAGCUAUUCUACUCUGGGUGACCACCGACUGAAAGCUAAACACGCGAUACUUUACACGGAAUGCCUCAAUUUGGCGGUGCACCCUCCUGCCCUCGAUGCGGCAAGGCAGUGUAUUUGGCGGAACAAGUCACAGGUCCGAAUGGGAUGUGGCACAAGUCAUGUUUAACCUGCAAGGAAUGCAACAAACGCCUUGAUUCUACCAGUCUGACAGAGCGGGAGAAGGAGGCUUACUGCAAGACCUGCUACGGAAAGCUUUUUGGUCCAAAGGGAUACGGUUUCGGCGGAGGAGCCGGCGUUCUCAACACUGAUUCAACAAUCACGGAUACCCAACGAUUCUCCCCCUCCCCCAGUCCAAGCAACUCCCGUUCUGGAUCCCAGUCCAAUCUGAUGACCUCUGGAAGCGGGUCGAAUCCCAACUUGGCGCGAACGGGUAGCGGGACUGUAACUCCGGGAUCGGGAGCAGGUUCGGCCCCGCUUGUGGGGAAACCCAAGUUUGGAGGAGCGGACGUUUGUCCUAAAUGCCAAAAACCGGUGUAUUUUGCCGAGCAGAUGGUCGGUCCCAUGGGCGUCAAGUACCACAAACUAUGCUUCCGAUGCACUGAUUGUAAUAAAUUGGUGGAUUCGACAACUAUGGCGGACAAAGAAGGUGUGAUAUAUUGCAAGAUGUGUCAUGGUCGAAAGUUUGGACCAAAGGGCUACGGCUAUGCGGGUGGUGCCGCUGGAUUGACUACUGACUAAUCAGAACCAUUAAUAUCAUUUAUCUUGUAUGCAGUCACAUAGAAAUAAGAAAACAGAUCAUGGCCAGUAAUAAAGUGCACUUUGGUAA